AUGCCUCCUUCAGUACAAACAAAUAAACUAACAUCCGCCCUCCGCCUCCUCAUCCCACGCCUCCGCCUCCUCCAGAAAAAAGACACCGCCUCGUCCGUCAUCCAGCGCCGCGAACUCGCCACCCUCCUCGACGAAGGCCGCGAGUCCUCCGCCCGCAUCCGCGUCGAGAAUGUCAUCGCAACCGACAUCGCCGUCGAGGUCAUGGAGAUGGUCGAGCUGUACUGCGAGUUACUCCUGGCGCGGGCCAACGUGCUCGAUCAGCUCGCCUUCGGGGAGAAGGGCGCCCGCGCCCGCAGUCGCGCCAAGGAUGCCCUGAAAGCGGAGAUGGGGGCGCAGGGCCACGGGCACGGGCACGCUCACCCUCAGGGCGCGUCGUCCGCGGGUGGCGACGCAGCGUCCAAGUCAUUCUUGGGGUUCUCGCUUUGGGCGGGGAAGAAGCAGACGCAGGCGCAGGCGCAGACGCAGAUACCAAAUGCCGUGGAGGGUACGCCGGCAAGAGGCCGCAAGACCGAGGCGGAGGAGGUCGUUGACGACGACGAGAGCCAGAGCUACAUUGACUCCGCGCUCGACGAAGCCGCCGCCGUCAUCUUCUACGCGUGGCCGCGCUUCCCGCACGACGUCCGCGAGUUGACCAUGCUGCGCGGCAUGCUCGCCGAGCGCUGGGGUAAGGAGUUCAUGACGCUGGCGCAGGACAACAAGCUGCUUGACGUCAAGGUGCCGGAGCGGCUGGUCAAGGGGCUGCGCGUGAAGCCGCCGACGCACGAGCUCGUCGAGAGCUAUCUCAGGGAGAUCGCAAAGGCGUAUGGUAGUUCGUGGGGAGCGGGGGCACAGAGCGAGAGCGAGCUCGGCGAGGCGCCUCCGGCGUUUGUCGGUGACCAGCCUGGAGAUGGUGAUGGUGAUGGCGAUGGCGAUGCUGCCGUCCCAUCCACGCCGACCCGGCCGGUCAACAUGGCUGAGGCGCGGCGCGCUUCCGAGACCUCGGAGCUGAAUAAGGCGACUCCGCCCCGGGGGUUCCAGUCGGUCAAGAGUCCUGUCAGUGUUGCGCCGCCGGGGCCGAGGUCAGAUAACCCCAAUCCGCGUGUCAAGGUUCCGGGCAGCGAGACCCAGUCCGAGACGCAGGUUGAGGGGCCUCCCAGGGCGCGGAACGGGAAUGCGGGUGGUUCUGGGUCGAUACCGGAAUUGGAUGAGUUGACUCGACGGUUUGCGGCACUGCGGCGGUGA